AGAAAUAGAAUAAGUAUUUAAAUAAAACCUUAAAUAGAAGCUGCCUGAUAAACUGCAACACAUUUAAAGAUCUCAGAAAGCAACAUGUCAUGCCGCGAUCUAAAGCAAUUCCAAAACAUGAGAAACAUGUCAAGUAAUUGAAGCAUCAGUCUGAAAAUAGUUUCAAAUCAUUGCUAAGGCUUUGGGACUCCAGUGAAAGCCAUUGACUACAAAUGCAGUAAAUUUGGAAAUAGUGAAUCUUCACAGGAGUGUUCGUCUUAACCACAUUACUCAAAGAUGACACAUCCAGGAGUUCCAAAAUGAGCCUAGAACAACAUCUAAAGCUAAUGUUCCUCAGUUAAGUUUCGUGUUUACGAUUCAUAAAAAAAAAUUAAAAAAACGAGACUGGCCAAAAAUGUUCCAGGGCAAAGGACACAGAGACUCGUCUCACAUUUACAGUCUUUAUAUUUUGAUUAAAGACUUUUGAGCAAAUAUUCUGCGGACUGAUGACACAAAAGUUCAACUUUUUGUAAGGUGUGUGUCCCGUUUCAUCUGGUAUAAAACACAGCAUUUCCCAAAAACAACAUCAUACCAACAGUCACUUGCCAUAAUUGUUAAAACCAUGAAUUCUGCACUCUACCAGAAAAUCCUGAGGAACAUCCAGCCAUCAGUUCAUGAGCUCUAACUCAAGUGCACUUGGGUUAAGCAGCAGUACAGUGAUCUAAAACUCUGAAUUCCUCCACAGCCAUGUGCAAGACUCUUUACCAGCAGCAUUCUUCAGCAGGAGAGAGUCAGGAUUUCAUUUUUACUUUCGAGACUUGGAGUGCAGGGGAUCCUCCCAGUGUGCAGACUCGCUGCUGAUACCCAGCAACACUCUCCUUUUCUCCUGGAGAGACAUGAUGGAGAGAGGAGAAGGGAAAAACUCAGAGGAAACAGGGUUUAAGAGCUUUUACAGAAUGCUGUGCAUUUUACAUCUUCUCACCUGGGCAGUGAUGAUGGGGUCAUGUUCUCAAUUGUGCUGCAUCAUUCCUCACUGUGUCCACUUUCUACUGAUCCUAACGUGCAGCACUGUUCCGGCACUGGCUCCAUUCACCAUAAAAGCGAAGCUCCAUCAAUCCGUUGACCUCAUCUGUAAGCAAGAGUGUCCUGGAACAUUGAAAUGGGUCACAGAUAAUCAGCCAGAUGAUGUACUGGCUCAGUGUGAUCAGACGUCCUGUAGGUCGAAGGAGGGAUAUAUAAUCUCCCAUGAGGAGUACAAGACUGGAUCUCUGUCCCUCACCGUCAUGGAAGCUGAUUACAGUAAGAGGAUGGUCUAUGCCUGUGAAUGCAAUGCUGAAGACCUCUGUCAUGUGUGGCUCUGCCUUGAGCCUGAGCGGUCAUCAGUUGAGCUGAAGCCUGGUGAAGAUCUGGUCCUGGAUUUGCCCAUCCCAGAGCCAGUGGAGGUGAUCUAUAACAGCAGUGAUUUGUUUGGGCCACAGUAUGAGCAGAUCUGCACUGUGGUUGGAGGAUCAUUACAGUGUAAAGAUGAAUACAGAGGAGAGUAUCACUCCGUUAUCCAACCCUCCUGCUGAAAUCUCUAAACGUGUCUGACAGCGGCGUCUACAUCGUUCGGGACAUGAAGAACAGUGAAGAUAUUCAUGUUUAUGGCGUCUCAGUGAAAGGUUGGUUUGUGCUUCGGGGUGGAAAAAGAAAUUUCUUUAAUGACCGAGUUAUUUAUAAAUGUUCCACCUUCCUGAUCCUGAUAGACAUGAAGAAGACGAACACAAGUUUGAAGGUUCUUUGUGGACUUGUAGGAACAGUGAUACUGGUUGGUGUCACAGUGGCAAUAAUUGUGUAUCUAAAGACAAGCACAAUGCAGGCGAAAGACACGUAGGUACAGACAUGACGUAAACACGAUGGUGCAACACCAGAGUUCAGCAUUAAAUAACCCUCAUUUAUUCUCCAGCAGAUAAAAGAGCAUGAAGAGAGGUGAAGAUCUAACAGCCGACUGGAAAGAGGAAAUGUUUUAUUUCUCAGCAUGUUUCCACACAGUACAGCUUCCUCAGUCUGAGGAGGAACCUACAGUGAAACAAAACAAAGACUUUUCAGCACAAAACUGGAUCAAGGCCUUGCUGUAAGAACAUCUCCACUGUUCUGAUUAUAUUCUCGAUCCAGUGGCUUUUAUUAUUUGCUUUCUUUCAACUCCAAGAGCAUUUCAGGUUCUCAGAAGCAGUAACUGGAAAACACUGUGACUGAGAUACAACUUCUUGAUUUUUAAGAAGAAAGCUCUUCACAAUGAAAGACAUAAAGGUUCCUCUUUGGUGGAAUGUACAGGACCAAAGCAUCAAUUAGGAGACACGUCCACAGUGUGUAGAAGUUUCAGUACUGUAGGUAACUACACAUUACAGAAAGGAGAGAUUGGGAAGCAUCUGAAAACACAUCAAAAGCAUUCAGAAGCAAGAAGACCAUCUAGAGAUCAAAGAACACGGUUUACUAUACACAACGAGAUUUAUUUUACUGGGGUGUUUAGAAUACAGGUACAGAAUGAGGUGUGUGUGAGUGUGUGUGUGUGUGUGUGUGUUCCAUCUCACUGAACUGGAAAUCAACAGGGUACAAAUAUAUAUUUCACCCUAAAGCUAUGUGAAUAGUGGACUGUGAUUGGCUGGAGGUUCAGGUGUGAAUAGUGGACUGUGAUUGGCUGGAGGUUCAGGUGUGAAUAGUGGAUUGUGAUUGGUGGAGGUUCAGGUGUGAAUAGUGGAUUGUGAUUGGCUGGAACAGGCUGCUUAUAAACACCUGUAACCAUAGUAACGUCCAGUUCCAGGACUGGAUGUUGCACAUUUUCUAACUGAUCUCCAUGGAGGAGUUUUGUGGUGGUGGAACUUCUUUGGUGAAUACGGAGGUUUUAAUAAACGAGGUACAAGAUGAAUUUGAUAAAUUGGGAAAAAACAGGUUGAAAUGUGGAACAGAAGAAAAAACAGGAUCUGGAGUUACUCCAACAGCUUCAUUAUUAGUCUUCCAGAUGCAGCACAUUAACUGGACUACUUUGUGUGUGUGAUUCGGAGCAGCAGAACUGUAGAUGUAACGAGUCGUAUAUAAAAUGCGUAAUAAAAAUAAAGUGUUAUUUUGAUCUGUUCAGUCAGUUUUACACAGCAAACACCUUUUACUCCUCAAUGCUGGAAGUGAUGAUGGAAUGAGGUGAUCAUCCACAGCUAGUGGUGAGAACUUCCACCAUUAUAACGCUCUCCUUUAGGCUGGUAUUCUCUAUUGACUUGAAAUAUAUUUUUAGAGUAUAAGCAGUGUUAGUGACUAACAUGGUGCAUGUAAAUAGUAUUUAAAGCUCUUUUUGUAGAACAUGUGUGAUUAGAUCAGCUUUCUGUCUUCAUCUGUAAUUCUUUGUAUAUGAACACAAUGUUGUGUGUGUAAACGUAACUGUCCUGGUGCAUGUAUAUGUUCUCUGUCAUUCAUUUAUUUAUAGAACAUCAAUCCUGAUCAUGGACAUGUGUAUUUGUGUGUGGUGCUAUGAGGUGGUCCAGGGUCCUGUUCAGGAUGUGGUCCAACCUGAAGUCUAGUAUUACUAAGACUCGAGAUCCACCACAACCCCCGAGCAGGACACGGGCCGAGAGACAACGUGAUUCUAAUCAGAGAAUCUGUAACUAAUAAACCUGAGCUACAAUAAAACAACUGGUGUGUGUGUGUGUGU